UUUAAGUGUCAAAAUUGGCUUCAAUUUAAUCGGAAUAUUUCAAACAGUGGCAACUUCCGUGUGUAGCUCAAAUUAGUCUCCAUUUUUUCCGAUCAGUUUCCGAUCAACGAUGAAGAUCAUGGUAGCCAUCAAACGUGUUGUUGAUUACGCCGUCAAAAUCCGAGUUAAACCCGACAAGAGUGGUGUAGAGACGAAAAAUGUGAAGAUGUCGAUGAACCCAUUUUGUGAAAUAGCCUUGGAAGAAGCUUUGCGGGUCAGAGAAUCGGGUUUGGCUUCAGAGGUGGUGGCUGUUAGUAUUGGGCCAGUUCAGUUUACGGAGACUUUACGAACUGGGUUAGCUAUGGGAGCAGACAGGGCAAUCCAUGUAGAAGCGCCUGAGAAUAUUUAUCCACUUACAAUUGCUAAGAUUCUUAAAGCUCUUGUUGAUGUUGAAAAGCCUGGUCUUCUUUUUCUUGGCAAACAGGCAAUUGACAAUGAUCAAAACCAGACAGGCCAAAUGGUUGCAGGACUUCUCAAGUGGCCGCAGGGAACAUUUGCCUCUAAGGUUGUUCUCGACAAAGAAAAACAGGUAGCUACAGUGGACAGAGAAGUUGAUGGUGGUAUCGAGACAUUGUGUUUGGAUUUGCCUGCAGUAAUCACCACUGAUCUGAGGCUGAAUCAGCCACGAUAUGCAACACUCCCCAACAUAAUGAAAGCAAAGUCGAAGCCAAUAAAGAAAUUCACACUGCAAGACUUGAACGUUGAGAUCAAAUCUGAUUUGGAAGUAGUUGAAGUAACCGAACCUCCCAAAAGGAAAUCUGGUGUCAUCCUUUCAUCUGUGGAUGAGCUGAUUGACAAGCUGAAGAAUGAAGCACGCGCAAUUUGAGUACACUAACUAUCGUUUCCUGAGCUGAUUGACGAUCUGAAGAAAAAUGAAGCACGCAUAAUUUGAGUGUGCUAACAGUUAGCUGCAAAUUUCAUCUCUUUUAACACUAAAUGUUUGUUUUUGUAUACUUUCAAAUGUGUGCAAUGUUAAUAACAAUGAUCACAUAAUGGAAAAUAUCUCCUAUUUUCUUA